UCUCCUCUUUCUCCCUCUCAUGCUCUCCGAGCCCCAUUUGCACCUCUAGUCUCUCUCGCCUGUCGCCUCCUUCAAGAUCGGACCAACCGCGUUCUCUUCACGCCGCAAGCCCUAUCCGUCUCUCUCUCUCUUUCUUCUCUGUCUCAGCAUCUUUUUCCGUCGCGAACCGAUGGGGAGAGGUUCGAAGAGGAAGGCGAACCAGAAGGAGAAGGAAGAAAGCAAAUCUCCCGAAGAGCUUCCUAAGGAAUCUACCAAAGCUUCCAGCAGAGGCAAACGAGUCAAAGCUCCUGCUGCUCGUAAAACUGAAGCUGAGCCUGAAUACUUUCCUGAUAAGCGCAAUCUGGAAGAUUUGUGGCAAGCUGCAUUUCCUGUAGGCACAGAGUGGGAUCAGCUGGACUCAGUUUAUCAGUUUAAGUGGGACUUUUCGAACUUGGAAAAUGCAUUUGAAGAGGGUGGAUUGCUUCAUGGGCAGAAAGUUUACCUCUUCAGUUGUACAGAGCCUCAAUUAGUCAGCUUCAAGGGUGAAGAUAAAAUAAUCUGCAUUCCUGUUGUAGUAGCGGUUUUGUCUCCUUUUCCACCUUCUGAUAAGAUUGGUAUCAAAUCAGUUCAAAGGGAGACUGAAGAAAUAAUACCAAUGAAGCAAAUGAAAAUGGACUGGGUUCCUUAUAUUCCUUUAGAAGAAAGGGAUAAUCAAGUCGAUAGAAAGAGGUUCCAAAUUUAUAUACUGAGCUGCACUCAAAGAAGGGCUGCUUUGAGACACCUGAAGCUGGAGCGUAUCAAGAAGUAUGAGUAUUGUCUACCUUAUUUCUACCAGCCUUUGAAGGAGGAUGAACUUGAGCAGAGUACAAUUGUUCAGAUCUUAUAUCCGGCUGAACCAAAACCGGUCUUCUGUGAAUUUGACUGGGAACUUGAUGAACUUGAGGAAUUUACUGAUGACCUAGUUAAAGAGGAAGAAUUAUCUGAAGAUCAGAAAGAUGCUUUCAAGGAAUUUGUCAAGGAGAAGGUCAGAGACGCGAAAAGAGCUAACCGAGAGGCAAGGGAAGCUCGGAGAAAGGCCCUGGAAGAAAUGAGUGAGGAGACUAGAGCAGCAUUUGAGAAUAUGCGGUUUUACAAGUUCUAUCCUGUUCAAACACCUGAUACCCCCGACAUAUCCAAAGUGAAGGCUUCCUUUAUAAAUCGGUACUAUGGGAAGGCUCAUGAGAUUUUCUGAUGAUGGCUAUUGUCUAAUGUCGAUGAGGGCCAUGGAACUUGGAUAUACAAGAUUCAGCUCAUUUCCACUGGGAACCACAAGGCUUGCUUGCUUUGGUUGUCAAAUCAUUGAUGUGAAGCGGAGAUUCCUUGAUACUUGGGAAAGUUUUGAGGCAACAAUUAAAGAGACCACCAACCAAAUGGUCCUGAAGGCAGGAUAGGUAUCAUUAGGAUAAAAUUUAUAGCUGUUGUUUUUUUUUUUCUUUUUUCUUUUUUCCCUUGUAGAUUAUGAGAGGGGUUAUAAUUUUGGAAACUGAUCUUAGGCUCAUCUGCUGGAAAUCCAGUGCAUUAAUUCUCCCUUGGAUUUCUCACAGAGAUUCUCCAUCAUUUCUCCCAUCUUUCUGUAAAACUCUCUUUUUAUACUCAAUUUGAUGCCACAAGAAGUAUUAUUAGUUUUGGCA